AGUAGUUCGAGUAUUUAUAUCAGCUGACUUUAAAUCAGCUGACAACAGUUACAGUUUUUGCUAGAAUAUAUUUAAGCUACGUUUAACAGCCGCUGGAGCUAAAUAUUUGCAAACUCAUAUAUGAUAAAUUGCAUGUAAAUAUCUCGUGAAUAUCUAUCUCGUUGAAAAGAGGUUGAAAGCUAGCUAAGCAAACUCAUUCAACCCUAACCAACUGCUAAACAAACAUUGCACGUAUUGUCGAGGUUUAACUAUUUGCUUUUUUGUGUAUUAACGCGUAACUAUGGACAAGAUCGCCAAAGGUGAGUUCAAUAUCGUGUUACGGUUAUCAUUAAUUGCAGGUAACUCGCUAGCUAGCCUGCACAACUCGGGAGAGUCAUGUGUUGCAGAAUUAACGCACACAAUUUGAAGCCUCUAGCCUGAUCCCAGAUCUGUUUACGCAGCUUCACCUGGGGUGUAAUCCAAACAGUUGCAAAACAUUCUAUUUGCAACGAAAACUAGCGUUUCUAUUGGACAAAUUCAAGUAUGUUCCGCCCUGUUUGCUGAACCUUGCCAAUAGAAACGGUAGUUUUCGGAGUAAUUAUGACUUUUCCUUAUCUAGAUUUCCUUUACCCCCCCCCCCCAAUCAAUUCAGGGGCUAAAUUGAUAUUAAAUUAAUAUGAAUUCAGAUUAUUUUGCUGUCAAUUAUUCAUGUUUCAUUAUUUUCUCUGGGGACACUUCAUGAAUUCCUUUGGAUGAAAUGACUGCAAGCACUAGAAUGAAGUUGUUACUUUUCAAUAUAUCUGACAUUAUCAAUUGCUCCCAUUAGAUGUUGGUGAUAUUCAGUCUAGGCUAAUAGACCAUAGGCCUGUUGUACAAGGGGAGAUCCGCUACUUUGUGAGAGAAUUUGAGGUAAAUAUUCAGCUUGGAAAGAUGCACCGUAACAUAAUGGGGAGUACAAUAUGAUUUGACUAAUUUAGGAAUUGUCAUUUGUUAACAUCUACUUCUUUGUGAUUUUGAAGGAGAAACGUGGAUUUAGAGAGAGCCGUUUGCUGGACAACUUGAACAAAAUGGUAGUGGAGACCAACGAGCAGAUGUUGCCCAAGUGUUCAGAGCACAUGCAUCAGCACCUCUAUGAGGCCCUCACACGAUGUAAGACUCUCUUCCUUACCUAGCCGGUGUAUAUUUCAAUUGCUAGCCACUGCAGUUGUGAUAUGGAGUGAUUGAGUUAUUGUAUUGUUCGAUUUUAUUUUAUUAGGAUCACCAUUAGCAGACGCAAUGACGACAGCUAGUUUUCCUGGGGUCCGAUACAUAAUGAAAAAGACGUAUUACAUUCAUGUGUCACAGAAUUUCAACUGUAUUGUAUUGUUUCAGUGUGUCUUACUGUUAAGGCCAGAAAGUAGUUGAAUGUAACAUUUGUUCAUUGUGUUUUCCUACAGUGGAGGCUGCGAAUCACAUGUCACAGAGGAUCCAGCAGAGGGCGCUAGAAGCACAGCAGGUAAAGACGCAUGCUCUCCUCAAAGUCCAUGAAUUACCAAUGUUAUUUAACCAUUGACAGUCAUUUACAUUCAGGCAAUGAUUGUGACAACAUACCAGAGUCGUGGUCAUUUGGCACUAAACAGGAGAUAACUGAGUACCACCUAAAUCUCUCCAAGUGUAUUUUCAUUUUGUUUCAUUGUUUUGUCUAGUUUUAAAAUGUUUUGUCUCGUGUCUGCCUAACCCACAUCCUUGUGUGUUGUGAACCUCAGAGCACCCAGCUGCAAGUGACCAUAGACAGACGGAAGGAGGACUGGGAUGAGUUUCUGAAGGAGCAGCUUCGUCUGAAGGAGGAGGUAGACGAGGAGCACGCCAAGGCUGUCGGACGCCUCAGCGUCAUGUACAGCGAGAUGAAGAAGGAUUUGGCCAAGUUCUCCCGCUUCUGAUCCUCGGUGUGUGUGUACGUCCACGUGUGUCUGUAUCACAGGAGGUUGGUGGCAC